AUGAAUCCGUGGGGCAAUUUAGAGAGGAAUUGUGCGUUCCGAGACGGAAAUAAUGAGGCUAGGGCGUGGAUGGGGACGCAGAAGAUUUUGUGGUCCUGUGGUUGCUGUGGCAGGGCAUUUGGACUUUUCAUUCGAUCGUUUAUUAAUGCCGAGCUGAAACAUGUUCCUCGCCCAACUUCCUCGUGUUCCCAGAAUUCGAGAUUCUUCUCCUCCGAGCGAGGGUUACGAGACGAAGACCAUACACCGAUAGCACCCCAGCAGAAGCUCGAUUCGUCGGCACCGAACAGAGUUCGUAAAUAUAAACAGACCAUUGCGGAUCACAUAGAACCGCCGAGAGCAAAGUUCGAAGCGAGCGGGAGCAAGCCCCGACUGUCAUGGCAAAUACAAAAAGCUGCAUUGAAGGAGAAGCUCGGAGGUGAACCCUGGAGCCCAAGAAAGAAGCUCUCACCAGACGCUAUGGAAGGCAUACGGCAUCUAAACGCGACCGAUCCGACACGCUUCACCACGCCGAUCCUCGCCGAACAUUUCAAGGUCUCGCCGGAGGCCGUCCGAAGGAUACUGAAGAGCAAGUGGAGGCCCGCAGAUGAAGAGCAUGAAGAGCGGUUGAAGAGAUGGGAAAAGCGCGGGGAGCGCAUAUGGUCGAACUUGGUGGAGUUGGGGGUGAAGCCUCCAAAGAGGUGGAGGGAGAUGGGCGUGGGCAGGACACGGAAUGGUGAAGCUCCGAUGUGGAAGUCAUUGAAGAGGAACUUGGUUUCUGUGAAUGAUAGUGUGGAUGUGGACGAGGAUAUUAUUCCGAUUGUGGGUACGAGUCCUGGAAGUGCUCGACGGUCACAGUGGCAACAGGCUUCGUUAUCACAGCGUUUAAUGUAAUGCAAGAUUGUACGAGAAGGGAUGACAUAUAGAUGGAAUUGUAACGAUUACUGAAG